GGAUCAGCAAUGCAUGAUUGCACACCUGAUUUGGAAGAAAAGGCUGACUACUUACAGAUGGAAGUUGCAGAGGGUUUCAGUCAUGACUAUAAGCUAAGCAACCAAGCUGCUUCUCUGGAGGCUGAUUCGUGUGCAACAACCACCACUGGAGAAACUUCAGUGUCAACUUUGGCAUUAAAUGCCUGGGGAGGAGAAUUAUGCUCAUCUGUCAUUUCUGAUCGGACAUCAUCAAGUGGAAGUAUUCCGCAGGAUAAUGAAGUUAAUGCACUGAGAGGCAAUUUAGCAGAGGAAUCUGAAAUUGAUUUCAAUAAUCAUACUUUUAACAGUGAACUGCAGCAUGAAUUAGAAGAUUCCUUGCACCCCGCAGAAGAUAAGGAGGCAACAAACAAGCUUAAGAAGCCUGGGAGUGAUAGGAAGCCAGAGGGCCUUGUAAUAAAGCCUCCAUCAGAUGCUGUUCCAUUCUCUGACGAAUGGUUAGCUGCACUUGAAGCAGCCGGAGAGGAAAUUUUGACAAAGAAAAGUGGCGCUGUACAAAAUUCACCCCCCAACAAAUCUCAACCUCAACUGGGUCCAUGGUCUCCGGUGAAGCGAAAAGCUAAUCAAGUAAUCGGACCAUUUGAUUGUACAAAACAUACCAACAACGUCCCCUCUACUUCUCAAUAACCUUCGAGAGUAAGAGGAUUCCAUCCGCCUAAUCAUUCCAUGUCACACUAACCAUUUCGCACCAUUCUUUUUCAUUGAUCCUCUUCUUUUGUUGUAGUCACUAGCUAACUAUCUAUACAGACAUUUUCCACAUUUUCUUGUUCUGAAAACAUUCAAAAUCUAGAAAUUGUUUCAUUUCUUACCUUAUACCGCUA